UACAAGUGCAAUCCUUUUGUUUUGCUUUUUCAAGAGGCGAAGAACACUCUACCUAUAAGUAGAAAUAGGUUUACUUUGUGUGCAAGGUAAAGUAUAGAUUAAAAGCUUUAAACAGAGGGGUUGUCGAAAAAGAAAAGCUCGGAGACGUUCGUUGAGGCCAGAGCAGAUUUCUCAGAGAUUUUCUAUUCAGUUCAUCUUCAUUGCUACUUGAAUUCAUCCUCCACCAUGGUGCUCGAGGCUACUAUGAUAUGCAUCGACAAUUCGGAGUGGAUGAGAAAUGGGGAUUACAAUCCCAAUAGAUUUCAGGCGCAGGCAGAUACAGUCAAUCUUAUAUGUGGGGCGAAAACCCAGUCAAAUCCUGAGAACACAGUGGGCGUAAUGACUUUGGCUGGGAAGAAUGUCCGUGUAUUGGUGACACCCACAACUGAUCUAGGAAAAAUUCUUGCGUGUAUGCAUGGUUUAGAAGUUGCUGGGGAGAUGAAUAUGACUUCUGGUAUCCAAGUUGCUCAGCUGGCACUUAAACACCGACAGAACAAAAAACAGCAGCAAAGAAUUAUAGUGUUUGCUGGAAGUCCUAUUAAAGCUGAUAAGAAGACAUUAGAAGCAAUUGGAAAGAAAUUGAAGAAAAAUAAUGUGGCAUUGGAUAUUGUGGAUUUUGGAGAGGAAGAUGAUGGGAAGCCAGAAAAAUUAGAGGCUCUUCUUGCAGCAGUAAAUAGUAAUGACAAUAGUCACAUUGUACAUGUUCCUGCAGGUCCAAAUGCUCUUUCGGAUGUCCUACUCAGCUCACCUAUCUUUACUGGAGAUGGUGAAGGUGGAAGUGGGUUUGCUGCUGCUGCAGCAGCUGGUGCUGCCGCUGCUGCUGCUGCAGUUGCGGGUGGAACAGGUUUUGAAUUUGGUGUUGAUCCAAAUUUGGAUCCAGAAUUGGCUCUGGCUCUUCGAGUGUCAAUGGAAGAAGAGAGGGCAAGACAAGAGGCUGCAGCAAAAAGAGCUGCAGAUGAAGCUGCUUCAAAGGCUACACAGGAAGGACAAGAGCAAGGGUCAAGCUCUCGUGAUGUGUCAAUGGCAGAACCAAGUGCUACUGUAGCAACAGGAGCAACUGGAAAAGGGCCUGAUCUAAUGGAUGAUGAGACUGCUCUAUUAGAGCAAGCUUUGGCGAUGUCAAUGGAUAAUCCUGGAACUAGUCAAUCUGGCGCUGUCUCCAUGGGUGAUACUCAUAUGGCAGAAGCUGGCCCAGAGGAUCAAGAUUUGGCUUUUGCCCUUCAAAUGUCUGUGCAAGACAGUGCAAAAGCUUCUGCAGGAAAUACAGAGAUGAGCAAAGUUCUGGGUGACCAAGGUUUUGUUUCAUCUAUUCUUGCUUCGCUACCUGGGGUAGAUCCAAACGAUCCUUCAGUGAAGGACUUGCUAGCAAAUUUACAAGCAGAUGAGGAAAAGAAGGGGGAGGAGAAGCCAAAGGAUGGAGACAAAUGAAACCCGUAAUGGAUAAAUGGUACCAUUGACAGAUGAAAAAUUGCAUGCACACAAUUGUUUGUAGGCUUUCAGCAAAUUUUGUUUGGUUAGUCUGCAAUUAAGUUAAUUGCUACUGUAAUCAAAGUUGAAUAUUGAGACAAAUAUUCAUCUAGUUUUAUGAUUGUGACGUGGGAUGUUCAUAUAUCUUCUUUCAUUCAGAUUCAGAUCUACCUUAUUUAUCUAAUUGCUCUCACUUUAAAAGAGAUUGCAGAUUCAUGGACUGCACCUGGCAAUGCUCUUUGAUAUUAUACUGAUAGAAUUAUCUACGCACCAAUUCAUGUAUUACACAUUAAAAUAUUCAAGGGCAAGUUCUAAUC